GCCCCCGCCCCGCCGCCACCGCCCGCAGCCGCCGCGGUCCCCACGCCCGCCCGUGUCCGUGGAGGAUGGUGGCGGCCCGGGCCCCGCCGCUGCUGCUGCUGCUGCUGCUUCUCGCCGCCCUCGGGGCCUCCCGCCUGCGCCUCGCCCGCGCCGCAGUGUCGUGUCCCCGGAGCCUGGACUGUGCCCUGCAGCGCCGGGAGUUCUGCCCGCCGGGGUCGGGCGCCUGCGGCCCCUGCCUGGCCCCCUUCCAGGAGGACGACCACGGGCGAUGCGUCCAGAAGCAGCACUCACCCAGCGGGCGGACGUCUGUUCCCAGCUUGGAGGCAGAAAUCGAUUUUCUGGCGGACGUGCUGGCCAGGCAGGAGGCUCCUCACCCCCAGCCACUGCGGGAUGGCAAGCCCAGGACCACCCCAGUCCCCACCGGUGGCAGACAGCGCGUGGCCAGCGGGCUGAGAGAGGGACUUCUGCAGCGGGAUGCCGCCGGCAGAAAGGCAGCAGCCGCCCUCCCCACCUCCACCAGCGCCACGGUCCCGAAGUACCCAGUGGAGGCGUCUCCCAUCCCUUCAAAUGACAACGUGGUGCUUGGGCUGAUCGUGGUGUGCACGGUGGCUGGGAUCUCAGCGCUGAUCGUGGCCGCGGUCUGCUGGUGCAGGCUGCAGAAGGAGGUCAGGCUGGCACAGAAAGCAGACUACUCGGCACAGCGAGCGGCCAGCCCCCUGCCCUACGACAAGAUCUCGGUAAGGUGCUCACGUCCCUCCUUGCGGGGUGUUCGGCGCUGGGGUCAGGCGUGGGCUCGGUUGAGGGGCUUCCAACACAGCGGGGGGACACCCGCCUCCAGAGACCGGCCUCCAUGCCUGUCCUUGCUCUCUCCGCAGCCUGGGGACAAGACGCUGGCUCAGAGCGCCCAGAUGUACCACUACCAGCACCAAAAGCAGCAGAUGCUCUCCAUGGAGAAGCAUAAAGAGGAGCCCAAGCUGCCGGAUUCGGCGUCCUCCGACGAGGAGAAUGAGGAUGGAGACUUCACUGUGUACGAGUGCCCCGGGCUGGCUCCGACCGGAGAAAUGGAAGUGAGGAACCCGCUGUUUGACGACUCCUCCUUACACCCCUCCAACCCCAAGUCGCACCAGUAACACCCCUCCUCUCCUCCGCCCGAGCUCGCUAUGGACUGUACGCCCAACGCCGGAGCCCAGCGCGGCCGCCACGCCGGAGGGGCACCCGCAGCUGGGCGAAGGGGCGCGGGCCCCGCUCUGCCAGACUGUUCGACACCUGCCCAAUAAACACCCACUAACAGCUAUGGCAGGGGGGGAUCGCCCCCGUUUCCAGCGUCCUUGUCCUCUUUGCUGCUGUGAUCGCGUCCCUGCCUUGCCCUUCGCCCGCUGCUCUCAGCGACACGCCAGCCCCGGGGUGGGGGGGGAGCGGCACAGAAACUGGGGGGUCCGCAGCGUUGUCUCUUUGCAUUUGGCUUUGAGGAGGGGGCUGCCGCCCUGGCUCUGCGGCUGGGCUGAUGCAACAGCAGCUGGGAAGAGGCCGGAGAGGGGUUUGGAGAGCAGGAGAAGGGCCAGAGGACUCCGGGCAUGCUCGUGUCUGCCGGGGAAGUCGUCGGGGCUGCCGGCCUGCCCAGAGCCCCUCUGCCAGGGAGGGAGUCUUUCCCUGGAGCGGGUGGCAUCGCUAAGGCUCUGGUGCCUGGUCUGCCCCUUCCUCCCCGGCUCGUGCAGCUCCUGGCAGCAGGGCCCUGCUCCGGGACCACGGGCAGGCGCUGGCAUCGCUCCCCGGGAUGCACCUUCAGUGCCGCCCUGUGCCGUGCGCGGCCGGGAGCAGCGGCUCUGCCCUGGCCCCUGCACCGGCUCCGUCCCCUUCUAGGGGUGCCGGUCCCCAGAGGACCCGGCGCACAGACGGUCCCGGUGCCGCUGUGGCCGGAGACCCCAUGCCAGGCUGUGCCAGCGGAGGAUUUCCUUGUGGCAGCCCUGGGCACCAGCUGGGCUCUCACCCCAGCCCUUCACGGGGUGAAUGCUCAGAAAAGGCUCGCGGUUUUGUUUUGAAGCCUGUAUGGCCAUGGGGGAGGAAGGAGUGAGACCGGUGGGGGCUCAGGAGGGGUAGCCAAGGCACAGUGGCUUUGCUGCGCUGCUUCUCUGCCCCACGGAGCCCACGCCUUCUGCAGCAUCCCUGCAGAGCCCGGCCGGCGCUCUCUUCGGGCAUCCUUCUGUGGCAGGACACGGUCUCUGCUGCUCCAUCCCGGCCACCUCCCGGGCUCCAGAGACCCCUGCACCCCUCCGCUGCCCAUGUCUGUGUCCAGGCUCACCAGCCCCCACCGACACGUCUUUGCUCAGCGCCCAGUGCCGUUCCCCAAAGCCUCCCCGGUGCCAUGGCCGUGACCCCUCCAGCGUAAGGCCCAGGAUGAGCUUUGGGUUGCUUUUCACAGAUGUGACUUCAUGUCCAGUCCCUGGCGUGGACUGUCACGACCACAGGUGACCUGUUGCACGCUUGCACGGGGGUGGCCUCUUGCACACAGGGGGGGGCCAUUGCACGCUCAGAAGCCAUUGCAUGUGCAGGCAGGGCAGGCAGAGCAGGCAGGGCCCUGUGCCGUGAGCGGUGGUGGUGUGGGACCGUCCCCGGCGGAGCCGCUGGCAAAGGCCGUCACCGCACAGACCCUCUCCCUGCACUCCGCUCCCCCACCCGUGGGCUGCUGCCCUCCUCCCUGCACCCCUCGUUGUUGUAUGGAUUGUAGUUCUUUUAAAAGGAGAUUUUAUUAAACGAUCAUGUUUG